UUCCAGGUCCGCAGCCGCAGCGAGGAUGAUCACGAGCUUCUUCCAGAUACUAAAAGCAAAAAAAGAACUCAUUCCCCUGGUUGGAGUGGUGUCCUUUGCAGCAGUUGGGGCGCUCUCUUUUUCUGUGUAUUCCAUAUUCAGCAAAUCUGAUGUGAUCAUUAACAAGAGUGGCAAUCCAGAACCAUGGGAAACUGUCGAUCCUACCAAGCCUCAGAAGCUAUUAACAAUUCAUCAGAAAUGGAAACCUAUAGAAGAGCUGGAAAAUGUCAGAAAGCUUACGAAGUGACAAGUUUCUGUUGCCUCAAAAAGGUACCCUAUGAAUCUAGUGGAAUCACUUCUGCACAAACUUGACUACUGAAAUCAGUGUGCGGAAAUGCUUCUGCUACAUUUUUAGGGUCUCCCUACACUUUUUGGACUCUGGAUGAGGAGUUUCAUGUUGCCUUAGAAGUUGGCAUACAACAUCCACACAGUCCAAAAAUCUGUCUCAAAUAUUAAUUUUCAGUAAGCAUUUGGUGUCAAAUGUUGAAUAUUCAGAUGGUACUUAUAGAUGGAAAAAGCCUUCAUGCUUUUUGUAGAAUUUUGUUUUUCUCAAAAUACAUAAAUUUUGUAAUUUUAUAUAUUUUUAAUAAAAAAUUUAAAAUUUUUACAACAUUCCAUGUAAAUUCCAUAAAUGGAGAUUACCCAAAAGCCCGUCUAAAUUGGGAUUCCUAGUCUGCUCCCUCUCUAUACUAUAUACAGACCAAACAGUCAUCAUUGCCACAGGAUGUCUUUGUAUGGCAACAUGUGGUCAUAAAGUAUACUUGCAUUCAUUUUAUACAUUAGAUGCGAUGACAAUUUAAGUCAAAACUAAUAUUCUACUGCUAAUACUAAAACUGACUUGUGCACUCACCUUAACCCACUGAGGAGUCUAAUAGGUUAUUUAAGGGUAUAUUCGAGACUGCAAGAUUAGAACAUAAGAAUUAAGCAUAACUAAGAGGGAAUUGGAAAUGAGAUAAUUUCUGUUUUAUUUAAGUAUUGUUCAUGUUUAAAUUUCGAAAAAGUUACUAGAAUUAGGACGCUUACAUUAUCCCAAACUAAUUACAAAAUGUUAAUUUCUUCUUUUUGUGCACAGUAGUUCAUGUGCAAGCUCAAAUGUACCGCACAGUUAGCCAGAUUUUUAAACAUAUCUAGAUACACGCUAUAAGGGACAUCUGCUUUAACAAAGAGAAAAUGACAGAUUAAAAUUAUGAAUGACUCUAUGAAGAGACUGAAUGGUAGAAGAGUCUUUUGUGGAUAUUUUCUGUAUGUGUCCCCUUCCAAGCAGUUUCACAAUAUAUUAUAGUUUCUUUUACAAUGUUACUUUCUGUGAGGAAGAAAGCAAAAGUGAAACAACUGCUAAUUGGAAAAAGUCCCUAUGAGUGAGUAAUAGUGAAGUGGUUUAGGUUACUCUGCUGCAGCAAAGACAAAACUUAGUAAAGCUGUCUCCUGAAUUUUAAGGUAGCUUGGCUUCAGAAGCUUUGUGUUUUCUUCAGAUUUAUUGAUGCUGAGAAAAAAAAAAGCUAAAACUUAUUUUACCCAAUACUUGUGUGCAGAUGCAGUGUAAAUAUUUUUUUAUCAAGUAAGGAUGACUCAGCAGCAUUUAUGUUUAAGAGUGAGAGGAACUACAAGACUUCAGAAUACAUUCUUAGCUUUCAUUUUAAGGAAUGACGUUAUAAGAUGAUUCGACAGCAUCUAACCACAAAAAUCCAGUGCUCUGAAGGAUACAAGUUUUAAAUAUUUUAAUAGAGAAAUAUUUUAAAAUAUUUUUGUAAGUUAUUCUGUAUUUCCAUAUUUUUACUGGACUGUAUCAAACAAAACAAAAAGUGCUGUACUUUGAGUUGAUGAAUGAAUUAAAUGAGUUUGGUCUUCAGUAAAUCAUUUCUGUGGUCUGUAAAUACUAUGACCUAAGUAUCUGUCAACAUUAGGGAAAUAAGUGUAAGUGAUUUUCAUGUAAUUUUUGUUCUUAACUACUUUUCAGUGGUGUCUUCCAGUAGCGCAUUAAGCAGUGUGACUGCUAUCAGUCACAGCUUGUUGCUUCUCUCAUCCUGUGCUGAAGCAUAAUAGCAAUGGUAAUAGAAUGUUUUGCUUUGUUAGCUGCUCUUUUUUUUAAAUAUAGAUUUCUGGGGAGGAUUUUCACAUAAUGUGAGAAAUCAAAAUAUUUUUAUGCACUUCAAAAAGAUUGAGUAUUGUUGAAGUUCUUGGGACAAUUUUGUGUUUUCUCAGACUGUCCCUAAAAAUAAUCUGUAUCCUGCACAGGUGAGGUUUUUUUCUUGUAAGUAGAGCACUCCACGAGCAAUUACUGUAUCUCCCCCCCCCAAACUACUCAACAUAAAUCUAUAAAGCAAUAUACAAAUUAUUUCCUUGUUCUACAAACAGCAGAGUUAAGACAGUAAAGAUUUAAUUGGCUGAAUUUUAUGACCCGACUUUUAUGAGAACAAUAAGACUUCCAUGUCCUAUGUUAUGUAAACCCAUGACUUUUUAUUCCAUGGACAAUUUAGAGGCCGUUGAAUAAUUUAACAGCUUUCUUCCUUCUCUCCAUUUUGUCUCCUACUCCAUUCUGUUCUUGAUUUUGGUUUGGGUUUUUUUUAAGCAAUCUCUAUCUUUGCUCACCCUGUGUAGUAUUUUUCCAUGGAACCAUAUCACUUCCAACUUUUGUGUUAAUUACAAAGUUUAAUUAAAAUGUUCACUGGCUUGUUAGGUUUUCAAAUAUAGAUUAGAAACCAUUAGAAAUGUUUUUUUAAUCGUUCUAAUCACCAUUGGAAAUGCAUCAUUAGAAUCUAUGGUCAUGCUUUUGUAACUGCAGGUGGCUGAUAAGUAGUCUAUUUGUAAAUAGUUUUCUGGAAGAACAGAAGGUUGCUUUUUUGCAGUAUACAUGCAAUUAUUAACUAGUGACUAAUUUUUGUUAUUACAAUAGUACUUAAAGGCCUUAACCACAACAAUACAAGAUCUGUGUUGAGUUUUUCAUUUGUCUUUCUUUGCAUUUGAUAGCCCUGGUGUCAGCAUUUUUCUGUCUGAUGUCCCCUACCCCCUGCAUUUCUCUAGCACAAGAUGCUAUUAGUAUCGUACUGUACUUUCUAGUUACUUCAGUGGCGUGUGUGGUUUCUAUAGAAAAUAGUAACUUACAGAGGGGCCUGAUGCAAUCAUUAAACUGUUCAUCCCACAGUUAUCAUCUGUCUCUCUCAGGGCAGAGGGUUAUUGUCCCUAGGACUACCUAUAGAAAACAAGAGUAAUGGGAAUGAUUCACUGGAUCUGGCCACUAUUUGGUGUUGGAUGUUUCCCAAAAAAGCUUUCAGACUAAACAAACAUGGCCACGCUACACAGUACAGUUAUGAUUUGCUGUCCGAAGCCUUUGCUGUACAGCACAUCCAUGCCAUAUGGGGAGCACACGAGAUAACGACAUCACCUAAAAGUGUAACUGAAAUGGAAAUAAAAAAGCAUUAGCAAGGAAGUGGACUCGGUGUACUGCAGUUGAACUAAGUAACUAUUGACCCUCAGGUGCUGAUGUGAAUAGAGAGCGGGCAGGUUGUUUGCUGAAAGCUAUCUCCCAUCAUGAAACCGCCAUCACAGCUAAUUGCACCCUUCAAAGGAAGUCCAAAGAGUGAGCAGACGCCCAGUUCAAAGAGCCGUUCUGUGGUGCCUCACCCCGAUCAAAGAUCACGCACCUUUAUAGCACACUUUAUGGGGGCUGUACCAACCCUAUUUAUGCUGUACCUUGACCUCGUGACCAAAGGAUUUUGGUCUAAUUAGCUUUUACUCUUAGAUAGCCUUGUUACAUGUAUGUUCUGGCCAGAGCAGUUAAUGGGGAUGGAGUGUCCUCCUGCAGGGCUCACAAGGGCCAUGCAGUGCCUCUAAGGGCGCCUCACACAACAUGCAGACUGCGGGGCCUGUGACAAAUUAAGCCAUGAUGAGUGAAAAGCCGCCCC